AUGCCUUCAACAAACAACGAUAAAUCAAUCUCCGCCCCCUCCCCCGAUACUGGCUUGUCUGCCAGUACGGGCGGAUCGUCCGCGAGUACGGCUGGAUCUGCACCCGAUAAGCACGGCUGCUGGAAAGCGCCCGGACUGCCAGAUCUACCGGCGAAUGAGAAAUUCACUACCAUGGACUACAUACUAUGCGAUACCAUAGCUGCAAUCAAUAGGGAACAAGGCAACUUCGGGGCGGAUAAGGGGCACUCGCGCGGCAAUUCGAACGUUGCAGUCAAUGCUGGUUCCGACAUUUUUGUACCCAGGGAAGCAGACCCCCGCGUCGAAGCGCUCUGUGCGCAAUUCGACGCCAUGAACCUCCGAUUCCGCACCCGGCCCCGUCCCUACCGCCCGAUGACCGGCCUGAACGUCGGCCAUCUCUUCAUGAAGCGGCUCCCCGCCGCCUGCAUGUUGUGCCAGCCGUCGCGCGCUCUGUGUUCGCACGUAGACGAAGAAUGUGGUGGAGGUUUUAAGUCUGCAGACGAUGACGAUGACGACAUACCUGAGCUUGAAUAG